GUCUGACUGACUUCACACUAUUUACACUGACGGGAUGAGUGUUGUCUAGCUGUCCGUGGCUUUUCAUCCCGGAACAAGGCGUCAGAGGCACUAAGGGAAGUUUAUCGAGGCCACAGUGUUGAGACGCAGCGUGUCGGACAAACUGUAGCGUGUUCCUGUAGCUGGAGAAGGCUGUGUGUGGACCGGACGAUGCAGACGCGUCGCUGCUUGUCGGCGCUGGCGGUUAGCGGCGAGGUGUCGCUUUCUUUCCAGGACGAGCUCGCUGCCACCAUUCAUAGAGCCUUCGAGGUGGCAGUGGAGAUCGCGGUGGUGGAGGUCAGUAAGUUAGUGAGCCAGGCACUGGGCGAUGUGCGGGAUCAGAUGCAGGAGACAUUGAGGGAAAACACGUUCCUCAAAACGCGCCUGCAGUCCGCUGAGCUCGAGCUGGACACCGUGAGGAAAGGCAGAAAGAGCAAAAGCGAUGAUGAUCAGCCUCAAAGCGCCUCCUGUCCCCAGACCAAGUGUGAGAGCAGAUCCACGCUGAAAGCGACCAACAGUCCGACAGCUCAGGAGGCUGAGAAGAUGUGCAGGUAUGACAGCGGCUCUGAGCGACAGGACGAGUCUUUCUGUGAAAUCCGCGAGGAUGGAAGUGUUCGCUCACGUGACUUGGGCUCAGCAUCCUCAUCAGUGCAGUGCUGUGAUCAGAAGUCAGAUCCAACACAUGAAUCUCUUAUAGCAGAGAAUCAACAGAUGGCCCAACACAGCCAAGAUAUACACAGUGAUCAGAAUCCACCAUCUGUUGAGCAGCCAGUCUGCAAGAAAGAGGAGAACCUAGAACCACAGCUGGGUGAUGUUUCUGGUGAAGAUGAUGGGAACAAUGAGAGUCAUCCGGACGAAGAUGACGACGAUGAUGACGACGAAGAUGACGAUGACGAUGACAUUAGACCAAGCUGUAGCUUUAACUCGGAGCAUGAUGAAGAGUUUGAGCCAGACAGACUUUCUCUGGUUCAGUCUAAACUGUUGGAGGACUGGAGACCUGACCCAGAGGCACCACAGAGCAAUCAGAAAGAGAAUGUAAAUGCUGGACCCAGCCGUAGUCUUGAUGCUCCAGGCAUGAUCUCCGCCCCUGUCGGUGGUAAUCCCGGCUUUUCGGCCUCCUUCGAUGCUCUCUACCAAUCAGUAGCCAGAACUCACCUUGUCCAUACUGCUCCUCCAAACGACGAUGUCCAGAUGAGGACAAACGUCCCAACCAGGGUUCACCAGUGCAAAAUCUGCGGCCACUCGUUUAGUCGUGCAAGUGAUCUUCGCAGACAUCAUAGUCACCGGCACAGAGUGAGGGCAGCUAACCCGGGUAAAACAGGAAGUGCGGGGAGACCCGUCAAACAGCAGCUGUUUCCUCCAGGCUGUAGCCCAUAUCACUGCAACGAAUGUGGCCGGGACUUCAACCGCAUGGAAAACUUAAAGACGCACUUGCGCAUACACACCGGAGAACGUCCGUACUCAUGUUCUGUAUGCGGGGUGCGGUUCCGGCACUCAGGGGCACUCACACGCCACUUCCGUAUCCACACGGGUGAAAAGCCGUACGUUUGCGGGCAGUGCGGGAAACGUUUCCGGAACUGCGGCGGCCUGCGCUUCCACCAGAAAUCCCACACUACAGAUAGACACAUGGUUUUGAAUUGUGUUUGAAGAAGCUGGAUUGUGUUUGGUGUGAUUUGUAUAGUUGUAAGAUUUAGGGCUGGCCAGUAUGACCUCAAAAUCAGCAUCUUAAUCAUUUUCAACCAUUACCUCGAUGACUAUAUAAAAAAACAGGAUUUUUUUAAAAAAACACGUUCAAAAUGUCAGUUUUUUUUUUUUAAGUAGGUCAUCUUACAUUAAAGAUUCACAGAAAGGUGUUGAAGUAUUAAAACUGCAAAAUUGUGAGGGCUUUUUGUGAAGAGUUCAAACAAGGAUUUGUUCUGUUUUAGCUGUGGGAUCUGUAGGGUGUAAUGGCGUUUGUGUGAAGUCUAUUCAUAUCGAGAGCGUUAACAAAUGCGUGGUAGAAACGGCUGUGUCAUAUUGUACAACAUGUAUGUGUUUUAAAUGAAUGAGUCACUCUUGUUCGCUUUGCUGGCUGAAUUGUUGUUCUUCAAACAGUUUACAUCGGACACUUUGUCCUCUAGUAUGUAUUUAAACCCAAAUCGCUAACAUUGCAGUGUUUAGUGAUUAUAUGACUGUUCAUGUUUGAAGGCUGGAUUUUACUGGGUUUUGUAGGUAUGCUUCAAAAAAAAAAAAAAAAACAUGAGGUAAAACCCAGUAACUUAAUGUUUUUGAGACAAAAGACCAGUUUAUGUUCAUGCCUUAUGUAAAACUGUAUGUACUCAUACCAACAAAUAGUUGGUAUGUUUGGAAAAUGUGCAUAUAAUUUGAUAGAAAUCUCCAGGAAUUGUUUUAAUUUUCUCUUUUAAGCAUACACAUUUAUAAGCUUUUACUUUGCUCCCCUGCCAUAGUAUAUUUUUUUUUCUGAUUUUUCUUUUCUUCUUUUUUACAUAAGGAGCCUGGGUGCACUAUAGUUGACGACAAUAAAAUGUGCAAACAGGG